UGAUGGGAUUGUAGUGAACGGAUCAAUGGAGAAUCGUUACGCGGGUAAUCUGAACGUGUCAUUCGCCUAUGUCGAAGGGGAGAGCCUGUUGAUGGGUUUGAAGGAAGUCGCUGUAUCUAGUGGAAGCGCUUGCACUAGUGCGAGUUUAGAGCCUUCAUAUGUGUUGAGGGCGUUGGGUGUGGACGAAGACAUGGCGCAUACGUCUAUAAGGUUCGGGAUCGGAAGGUUUACGACAGAGGCUGAGAUCGAUAGGGCGGUCGAGCUUACAGUGAAGCAAGUGGAGAAGCUGAGAGAUAUGAGCCCACUGUAUGAAAUGGUGAAAGAAGGUAUAGAUAUCAAGCAGAUACAAUGGGCUCAGCAUUGAUUCUAUAUGUUAGGAUGAUACAAACAAAACC